GGAGCUUGCCGCGAUCAAGCGCAAAAAACGGGUCAGUGUGUGAUCGAACAAAGCGUGCCAAUCAUGCCAAGCUAUUGCCUCAUCAUCGCCCUAUGCCUUCUUGGCUCAGUGGCGGCCAAGUCUUCGGAUGGAGAUCGAGAUCAGUGGGUCUGGAGGUCCUACAAUCGCAGGGAGCGCUCUUUUCGGGACAUCAAUCGCAGUUCCCCCAUAAGGAAUUCGUACGACGAAAAGCUGAGGCGGGAGCCCACGACUCGAAGACCUUUUCCCGGCGAACCGGAGAAUGAUGAGAUAGAGGACUAUGCCGAUGUGGAGCCCACCAGGUCAUCGGACACCCCCAAUGUAGGCACCCGUCAGUUUAAUCCAUACGGUGGUCAGACCAAUGCCGGUCAGUUCGGAGGACUUGGAGGCUAUAACGGAAACCCCGGAGUGCUAGUCGGACCUGGCGGACCCACCGGAAUCAUAGGAAGACCGCCACUGUACCCCACUCCCUAUCAGCCAGGCUAUGGCGGAUUCUCUGGAGCUCAAAACGGCAUUGGUGGAUAUCCAGGCGGAUACGCAGGAGUAGGACAGGGACUUCCCGGAGCUGGAUUCCCCGGGGCCAGCGUGGGUGGUGGCUUUAAUAACUUCCCUAGUAAUGGACUAGGCCUCAACCAAUUUCCUGGCAAUGGGCAAUACCCUUACGGCUCCUAUCCAGGUGGCGACUUCGGUGGAAACCAGUUCGCAGGCGCAGGUGCCCAGUUCCCAGGAUUGGGACAGUACCCUGCAAACCAACAGUUCGGAGGACCUCAGUACACCGAGGGCUAUGGUCUGGCAGGGGGACUGGGCUUAGGUCAACUGGGAGUAGGAAACGGUGGACUGGGAUACGGCGGAAGUUUUCCACCUCUAGGAGGCUUCGGCUACGACGAGAAAUCGCCAGCUGUGGCCGAGGGUAAGAGUGCUAAGAGUGUGGCAGCGUCACAAGGUAAAGUGAAUGAUAAGCUCAGUAAGAAGGUCUAGAGCUUCGAGUUUUUGAAGUGGAAGAUGUCAUGUUAAAGAUAUGGAACUGAAGCUGUUACUUUCCCACUCAACAUUCCUUUUUCCCUUAGGCUGAGUUUUAAGUAGUCACCUUAGUGUAGGCAUAGUUUACGUUUAGUCUAAGCAAAUAAAUUCCCUUGUUUACUGACA